AAUACCUAGCACUAGCAUGCAUGCAAGCAGUGCAGCGAUCGAGCCUGCAAGAGAAAGCAAGCUAUGGCCGCCAUUGCCAUUGCCUUCCUCCUCGUGCUUGUAGCAGCAGCAGCAGCAGCAGCAGCAAUGGCGUCUGCAGCGUCAAUAGGAACAGGUCCUCGUCCCUUCUUCGUGUUCGGCGACUCUCUCGUAGACAGCGGCAACAACAACUACCUGCUCACCACGGCCCGCGCCGACUCCCCACCCUACGGCCUGGACUACCCGACCCACCGGGCCACGGGCCGCUUCUCCAACGGCCUCAACGUCCCCGACAUCAUCAGCGAGCACCUGGGCUCCCCGCCGGUCCUCCCUUACCUCAGCCCACACCUCGACGGCCCAACCCUCCUCACGGGGGCCAACUUCGCCUCCGCCGGCGUCGGCAUCCUCAACGACACCGGCAUCCAGUUCGCCAACAUCAUCCGCAUGCCCAAGCAGCUCCGCUACUUCCAGCAAUACCAGACACGCCUCACACGCAGCCUCGCCGGAGACGCCGCCGCCGCUCGCCGACUUGUCCGAUCCGCCCUGGUGCUCAUCACGCUCGGCGGCAACGACUUCGUCAACAACUACUACCUGGUGCCAUUCUCUGCCAGGUCACGCCAGUUCUCGCUGCCGGACUACGUCCGCUACCUCAUCGCCGAGUACCGCAAGAUCCUCCGGCAGCUCUACGACCUCGGGGCCCGCCGCGUGCUCGUCACGGGCUCCGGCCCGAUCGGCUGCGCGCCGGCCGAGCUCGCCACGAGGAGCGCCAACGGGGAGUGCGACAUCGAGCUGCAGCGGGCCGCGGCGCUGUAUAACCCGCAGCUGGUGGCCAUGACAAGGGAGCUCAACGCCGGCUACGGCGCCGACGUGUUCGUGGCAGUCAACGCCUACCGGAUGCACAUGGACUUCAUCUCGGCGCCGGCGGCCUACGGGUUCCUGACGUCCAAGGUGGCAUGCUGUGGCCAGGGACCUUACAAUGGCGUCGGCCUCUGCACUGCGCUGUCCAGCGUCUGCCCGGACAGGUCGCUGUAUGCCUUCUGGGACAACUUCCACCCUACUGAGAGGGCCAACAGGAUCAUCGUUAGCCAGUUCAUGGUUGGCUCGCCGGAGUACAUGCACCCGCUCAACCUCUCCACCAUCCUCGCCGUUGAUGCUGCCGCCGCAAUGCCGUGAUCUGGUUUUCUUUUCUCUAGAUUGUUAAUCAGUGUUCAAGCUUGCAUGCAUAAGAUGGCAACCUACGGCCAGUACUUAGAAGCCAUGUAGAAUAAAGCUGCUGAAUAAGCAGAGUACCCUACCCUGGAUCUUCAAUUCAGUUCCAUCCACCUACUACUAGUCAAGCGAUAAUAUGUAGUAAUAAUCAGGAUGCGUUUAUCUAUGUGUAAUUGAUGAUUUUACAUCUUCGGAAA